AUGUCAAACCAUAGUUUUACGGUCUAGUCCAUUAUUGAGAACGAAACGGCAAUUGAAACCCUUACAAGCGGGAAAUGAAGGAAAGAAACGGCAAUUGAAACUCUGAAAUUGAAAUUUAGGGUUUUUCAAAGCGAAUGGAAAGAGAAGUAUGUCAACUAAUUUGAUGAUCAAGCUUUCAAUCAAUCUUCAACCUCGCCUUGCUUCUCUUCCAUGGCUGAAGAGUAGUGUUGUUAGAUGCUUUUCGCACAAGGCAGAUGGUUCGGAAUUACCAGUUCGUUACAUUCCUAAGAAACAUCAAGAUUUAAAACAAGCAGGAUGCUCUUCUUCAGGGGACAAGACCUCCAAAAAAGGGAUUCGACCAAGGUCUAGUCCGAGAAAUGGUAUACGUGGAUGUAAGACUUUGAAUAUGAUCAAACCCCCUCGAGGAAGUAGAACUGAUCAUGAGCAGUCAAAUGUAUCAUUUGUUAAUGCACAUGUAUUGGAUGAAGACGGCAAAGAUGGUAGUCAUGGUACCAUAGCUGUGGAGACGGAGUCUUUGAGAAACUUUCAGGAGGUUGUUGAGUAUAUGAAUGUGCCUGGUGAAGUUGUUCAUGAAUUACAAAAUUUUAAGAGGGAUGGUCAAGGUCAAGGGUACAAUUUAAAUCAAGAGAACAGUUGUUAUGAUGAAGCAACGGACAAUGAGUUUCUGGAAGAAGAUGUUGAGGAAACAAAACUUUAUGAAGGGAUUGGUGAAGGCAAACAGGAAAUAUCAAAACCCUGUAGGACUAAGCAAGAUGCUGAGAAUUUGACUAUUGAAUUACUAGCAAAAAAGUCUUUGGCUUUGUUUUCAGGGGACAAGGCCUCCAAAAAAGGAAUCCGACCCAGGUCUAAUUCGAGUAAUGGUACAAGUGGACAUAAGACUUCGGACUCGAUCAAUUUCCCUCGAGGAAGUAGAAUUGAUCGUAAGCAGUCAAAUGUGUCAUUAGUAAAUGCACAUGUGAAUGAAGACAGCAAGGAUGAUACGAUAGCUGUGGAGAAAAAGUCUUUAAGAAAAUUUCAGGAGGUUGUUGAGUAUAUGGAUGUGCCUGGUGAAGUUGUUCAUGAAUUACAAAUUUCUAAGAGGGAGAGUCUAGGUCAAUGGUGCAAUUUAAAUCAAAAGAACAGUUAUUAUGAUGAAGCAACAGACACUGAGUGUCUGGAAGAGCUUGUGGAAGAUGUUGAUGAAACACAACUUUUUGAUGAGAUUGGUGAAGCCAAACAGGAAAUCUCAAAACCCGGCAGGACUAAACAAGGUGCUCAGAAAAUGGCUAUUGAAUUACUAGCAAAAAGGGCUUAUACUGGAGUUGAGUUGCGGAAGAAACUUAUUGCAAAGGGUUUUUCCGUAAAUAUUGUUGAGGCAUUAGUAACUGAUUUCCAGAAUAGAGGGCUGAUUAAUGAUCGCCUGUAUGCGGAAAUGUUUUCCCAUUCUAGAUGGAAGGCUUCAAGUUGGGGGCCUAGGCGAAUCAAGCAAGAAUAUCACUUACUGUUUAAAGAAUUAUCUAUCCUCGUCAAAUAAAGUACUGAUAUUUGGAGGUUCUAGUUCAGCCGCAUAAUUGCCAUAAUAUAGGAUAAAAGUUAUCAGUGUCCAGUUGCUUGAAGUUCUUUAGCAAACUUCUAUUGAAGUCUUUGAGGGAAGGAAAUAAGUGAAAAGAAAAGGGAGUGUUUUCAUUGACAGUGCUCGAAAAAAUGUGUUGAAGUUCAAGUUAGCUGAGUCUAAUAAGGGACAUGAAAAGGGGAAGAACUGGCAAAAUGUUGAUCUGAGCCAGAAUUACUGAACCCGUUUGCUGAGGCUUUUGCUAAGAAUUUUGCUAACAAUGGAACUGGCAAAAUGUUGAUCUGGAGUAAGAAUUUUUGGAAUUUGACUAAUCUCCAUCAAAGGUCAGUUUGCUGAGGCUUUUGCUAAUAGUUGCUGCAUUUUGAUAAGGGACUCAUUUUUGCAAUGCUAUAAUCUCGAGUUUAUAAUUCACUGAAUCAAGUUGCUUGUUAGUCUUCAGAAAAUCUUUUAGUCCUAUAAGUUAAUACCAGUUGAUUUUCUGAGGUAUUUGCAUGUGGAGUUGCGCUUAGUUGCUGGUUUCAUACUCCGACCAUACCUACUUCUGCCUUCUUCUCUGCUUCCCGUCCUUAGAGAGGGAGAGGGAGAGAGAGAGAGAGAGAGAAAACCUUUUCCAUAUUGUCUAUCUUCUCAUUGGCUAUUGUAUGCAACAAUCUUUAAGUGAAAGACUGAUCUUUGUUGGAAUCAGGCACUUGUGAAGAAGGGUGUCAGUGAAGGAGAUGUAGAAAAGGCGGUAAAACUGGUUUUUGAGGACGGUGAAGAGCGUGAUAUAAGGUCGAGCACGAAGCUCUCAAGUACCUCAUUACAGCAACUAUAUGUGCAGUGCUCCAAGCAAUGGCAACUGUCCCGGAAUGUAACUCACGAGAAACGAAAAGCAAGGGUUAUAAGGUGGCUUCAAUACCGUGGGUUCGACUGGGCAGUUGUUAGCACCAUCUUGAAAAAACUAGAAUCUGAAUUUCCUCCUUAGAACCAUGUCAUAUGGUUGUUCUUUCUUCCAAGUUGCCAAAUUGCUUAGCACUUGGCAUCCUUGUUUGUCUCUGUGCUAAGUUUAUAUACAUGCUUAGCUUCAUGUAGAAAUGUAUUUAAACUAUGUGGCUUAUUUAUCAAAUAUGUUUCAAUUCACUUCAUUA